AUGGCUGACGGACGCACUGGCCAUUCGUCGAUCUACUCGUCCUACUACACGGAUGAUGACGAGGACGCUCGUGGUCGUUUGAGACAGAGGACGCGACAGCGUUCAAGCAUGGAUGCCGACUCGACCAAUACCCAGCCACCCACUCGCGGUACCUCAAUGUCGAUGAAUAGCCAUUCUUUCGCGCACAGAUCCACCUCGCCACAACCACCAACAUCAACUCAGAUGGGUUCUAUGUCCUCGCGCGAGGAGGCUAUGUACCCGCAGUAUCGUCCUCGCGAGGGAGGUCUAUACCCCGAUCUUCCGGAUACACCAGUACCUGGAACAUUACCUGCAGAGCCGCGCUAUAGAGCGCACGAUCCGUGGUCACAUCGACGUCGCACGCAUUCACCACCUAUCGACCUUGCAGCACAGGCGCAGGCCAGUCGACCGUACGGAUACGCACCCAAUUAUCCGUCAGCACCUCCAGCAAUGCAGCCGGACGCACCAUAUGGCUCUGUCAUAACGCCAGAGGCGGCGUCUGGGCCUUAUCCAUACUCUCAUCACGCGUCACCCUCCCCAAAUCACCCCUAUGCUUCUUCCACGACGAGUCCAUGGCCCACCAAUCCAAUACCCUACACCCCUGCGGCAGCACCGCUCUAUCCUCAAUUUGGCCAACCUGCCACGCUGGCUUCGUCAUACAAUAGCCCCUCACAAAACACGUCAAAUGCCGCCAACGUCUUCGGUCAGGAAGUCCUACUCGACAUCGGAAAGGCUCUGCUUGUGUCUAUUCCGCAGGAGGUCUAUAUGCUCUUCCUUCUUCGACUUCCACGUUUCUACUUCUCGCGCGUGGCAAGGGUCUUUGAAGAUGCAGAACUCAGCAUGCCCGAUAUCAUCCGCAUAUAUACGACAUCUGCGCGAGAGUGGCAGGCUCGUCAAACCUCCGGGAAUGGUCGUAUCAAUAUAGCCCGGCUCCCUGUGCCGACUUGGAACCCUCUCACCGGCACCGGGGCCUCUGAAGUCACUCCAGCCAUGGAGGCGUUCAAAGACUCAUGGGAGAGUUUCAUUGGUUCUUUACUCCAGGAAUGGAAUACAUUGAAUAUUAUAUCUGCUCUGCUCUCAGCGUCGAUACUCACACUACUCUCUCUGGGCGGUACUGCAGACGAUCCAAUAACCCGUACGGCUGCCGUCAUAUCCUUGUUAUGUUCCAUCUGGAGCAUCAUCUAUGCGUCAAUGUAUAUCGUGCGCUUUGGACCUAUGCGCAAGAUGUACAAAGCGGCCAGCUGGGCCAAGGAAGCCAAGGAGCGGACAAAUAUCUUGUGGAAUGUCUGGGCUUUGCUAGCCAUGCCGGCGGUGUGGCUCAUGUGGUCGUUAAUCGCGUUCCUGGUGGCCAUAAUGUCUUACGUCUGGCGAACCAAUUCUGUGAACAGCCCCGACUCACGCACGACUUCGGUGCACGCAGCGCUCGCCACGCGCAUCGUUAUCAGCUGCGUUCUCGGUCUCGGGCUGGUCUACUUCUUAGCAAUGCUCAAUACGUUCCGCCGUUACGGCGAAAAGAUGGACAGCGAAUGGAGGAAGACUAUCGCCGGGCUGGCAAACCAAGCUUGGCUACAACAGAGAGCAGGAGUCCAGGCUGGUGACUACCCGUUCUACUACGGCAGUGUCACUCAGCAGCACCCGAAUAUGCCCUAUGGUCCUGCCUACCCUCCACUACGCCCACACUAUCCACCCCCUUAUGAAGCGAACUAUCGGCAAAGGUCACCAUCUCGUAGCUCUGAAAGGAUCAGUCGAUCGCGACGUUCAUCUCCGCCUACGAUGCCGUACCAAAACGGUCGCACUAUAUAUGUCGACCCCCCUAACCCGGAAUAUGGAAGGCAGGGAGUGCGAAGGUCCUCUCUUCGCUCGCCCUCUCGACCGCCGCGCCGGUCCAGUACAGGCGAUUCGUUGUCCGUCCGCGUGCAAGCGACUCCGCACAUUCUCAACCCGAGUACAGCCUCCAACUUGAGACUUCCUCGGUCCGCAGUAUCCCGGCCAUCAUUUGAUACCCAAUCGGGAUCCGGUGACUACGGUGCAGUUCCUCUGUCGACUAUCUCCGAGCGCACGGAACCCAUCACUCCGCCCACCGCCGUCUCUGCUCUACGCCCCGAACCAGAUGGAAGACCGCUUGCGGUCACAAACGAGUUCGACGCCUUUCGAGCCGUCACGCUCUACAACAUAGACAUGAGCUCGGCGCGCGGAAUACCAUUACAGCUGCACAUCCGUGGCAUGUCUGAGAACAUCUGGAAGAUGUUCCUCAAGGACCUUCAACGAGCAUGGCAGGCCGGGGUGCUCCCGGAAGCGGGUCACCCGUCACCCCUGCUACCUCCAGAGGCCGUCUUCCAUAUCUGUCGCAUAUGGAGCGAAGACCCUUGCCCUACAUAUGGCGUACGGCCUCUACUGUGUGAAGAAUGGCUCGAAACCGGGUUGAUGUCCUAUACCGUAUACUUCCUCGACUUGAACACCGUCACAGAUGACCUUCGACACGCCUUUCGAGAUAUUCCUACGGGCGUGAAAAAGCUUGUUCUUCUUUGGAAAGAGCCGGUUUGGGACGCCGACUACCGAAGGGUGUGGACUUUGCAUCGUGAUGUGCCUCCACCUGCGCCUGCCGAGCAUCAUUCCGAGCAGCAUCUAAGCGGUGACCUUCCAGGGCGGCCACACGAUCAUCCACUAUCGGCACCUGCUAGCUCCGACGAUGCGUCAACUACAAUGCUCGGGACAGGUCUUUCGGACUCUCCUCAUUCCCUCCAACGCGAAGUUACGGUGCAAGCGGAUGAAGAAGAGAGAGCAAGAACGGCCAAUGUGCCAAGAGUACUGUCAGACACGAACGAAUGA